UAAAGAAAGGAUGCCAAACACAUGCCUCUUUGCAGAUCUUACACUCUCGUCUGAGAAUUUCAUUUCUCUCCAUUUGAAUUUCCAAGAAUCUAUCCAAAACAAUGGAGGAAUCCACGUCUCAAAUCACAACUCCUCUGAUUCAGAAAGAUGGCAACGACGACGGGCCAUCUUCAUCAACGGCUGGGAACAUCUUAUCAGAAGAUCCACUAGAGAUGGAGAGUUCACCGAUUGAGCAGGUCGCUUUGACAGUACCAGUCACAGAUGACCCCUCGCUACCCGUCUUAACGUUCCGCAUGUGGGUCCUCGGCACCUUUUCUUGUAUCCUCCUCUCUUUCCUUAAUCAGUUCUUUUGGUAUCGAAAGGAACCGCUGUCGAUCACAUCGAUCUCUGCUCAAAUUGCGGUCGUGCCGCUGGGGCAUCUCAUGGCGUCGACGAUUACUAAGCGGGUCUUCUUCAAGGGUAGCCGGUGGGAGUUCACGCUCAAUCCCGGCCCAUUCAACACAAAAGAGCACGUCCUAAUCACCAUAUUUGCAAAUUCAGGAGCCGGCACGGUUUAUGCAAUCCAUAUAGUCACGGCAGUUAAGAUCUUUUAUAAGAAAACCAUGACAUUCUUUGUAGCGUUCCUUGUGGUAUUGACUACUCAGGUUUUGGGAUUCGGGUGGGCUGGAAUCUUCCGACGAUACUUGGUUGAACCUGCCGCGAUGUGGUGGCCGUACAAUCUGGUUCAAGUCUCCCUCUUCAGGGCCCUUCAUGAGAAGGAAGUGAGACUCAAAGGCGGAUUAACACGGACCCAGUUCUUCCUCAUCGCAUUCCUCUGCAGUUUUGCUUACUACGUCUUCCCUGGCUACCUCUUCCCAAUGCUAACCUCCCUUUCAUGGAUCUGUUGGAUCUUCCCACAUUCCAUCCUCGCCCAACAACUAGGCUCGGGACUCUACGGGAUGGGUCUCGGAGCUGUGGGCAUUGACUGGUCCACCAUCUCUUCUUAUCUUGGUAGCCCACUUGCCAGCCCAUGGUUCGCGACGGCCAAUGUAGCUGUCGGAUUCGUCAUUGUCAUGUAUGUCGUGACGCCGACUGCGUACUGGCUCAAUGUCUACAAGGCCAAGACAUUCCCCAUAUUCUCCGAUGAGCUCUUCACAGCAUCCGGCCAAGAGUACAACAUUUCAAGCAUCAUCAACUCCAACUUCCAGCUCGACAUUGAGGCCUACGACAGGGAAGGGCCUCUUUACCUCAGCACCUUCUUCGCCAUGACUUAUGGUAUUGGGUUCGCCGCGCUCACUGCGACCAUUGUCCAUGUCAGCCUCUUUCAUGGACGGGAGAUAUGGCAGUUGAGCAAAUCGGCCUUCCAAGAUAAGAAAAUGGACGUCCACACAAGGCUCAUGAGCAAAUACAACCAAGUCCCGGAGUGGUGGUUCGCCAGCAUCCUCGUCGCGAACAUCGCUGUCACCCUCUUGGCAUGCUGGUAUUACAACUACCAACUUCAAUUGCCAUGGUGGGGUGUGCUGCUAGCAUGCGCCAUUGCCUUUAUAUUCACUCUCCCCAUUGGAAUCAUCACCGCUACCACAAACCAAACGCCGGGAUUGAAUGUCAUCACUGAAUACAUAAUGGGUUACAUAUACCCUGGGUACCCCGUCGCUAACAUGUGCUUCAAGGUGUACGGAUACAUCAGUAUGUCACAGGCCAUCACAUUUCUUCAAGACUUCAAGCUUGGCCAUUACAUGAAGAUCCCUCCCAGGACAAUGUUCAUGGCUCAGGUGGUCGGGACUCUUAUAGCAGCAGUGGUGUACUUGGGAACUGCAUGGUGGCUCAUGGACAGCAUUCCCAACAUCUGCGAAACCGCUCUGCUUUCUUCGAACAGCCCAUGGACCUGCCCAGGUGAUCAUGUUUUCUAUGAUGCCUCUGUCAUAUGGGGGUUGAUCGGGCCGCGCAGAAUCUUCGGUGACCUUGGCAUGUACUCAAAAGUUAACUGGUUCUUCCUAGGCGGGGCCAUUGCUCCUGCCCUCAUCUGGAUGGCCCACAAGUCCUUCCCAAAGCAAGAAUGGAUCCGCUUGAUCAACAUGCCCGUCCUUCUUGGGGCCACCGGACAAAUGCCGCCAGCUACGGCCGUGAACUUCACUAGCUGGAUCAUCAUUGGAUUCAUUUCAGGAUUCGUCGUCUAUAGGUACCGACGUGACUGGUGGCAGCGCCAUAACUAUGUGCUAUCCGGCGCACUCGAUGCAGGCCUCGCUUUCAUGGGGGUGCUGCUGUAUCUGUGUUUGGGGUUGGAGGACAUCAGCCUCAGUUGGUGGGGAAGUAACUUGGAUGGCUGUCCUUUGGCUACUUGCCCAACUGCCAAAGGCAUUGUUGUUGAAGGCUGCCCAGUUUUUUGAGCAGGAUGUGUUUGGAUUCAAUAUCAAAAUGAAUUGAAAUCGUGUCUUAAAAUUGCCAUUAUGAUACCUUCAUGAGUUGGGACAUGAAAGAAAUCAUUUUUUAUUUUUAAUUUUUGCUUUGCAAUUCAAAUCACGUAUGCAUCCAAACACAGCCAAAAGAAGACCAAUCUGGUAUCUUUUGCAACUUGGUGUGUAAAUAAUUUCAUGAAUGCUACUUGCUGGAGGUUGGUUA